UCGGAUAUCCCUGCCAGCCACGAGAAAUGGAGGAAGAGAACGAAGGGAAUAGGACAGAAAGACCUCGUAUGGUGGACUCUAACGGAAUUGCAAGAAGCGCUGAAGGUCUGGCGAAUCUACUGCAAAGGAGCCGCAAAUCCCAUAGAAAGGAACAACUACGUCGCAAUCAGACCAGAGUCGGUACGAGAACAUAUCGAAGACGAAGGGCUAGAUGAAUUAGUUCAAAUGAUGGAGGGAAGUGUUAUGAAGCUAGCCAAUCGGAUGAAGGCAAAAUUUUUCAUUGGAGAUGCGCAUAUGGUAGAGGCGAAGAAG